GUCGCUUCUACGGUUGUACCAUAACGCAGCUAAAUCUAACUCUUUUGACUUUUUUUUGUCAAACUUCAUGGUACAAUACCUAUAUGCGUCUUUCCGGAAAGUUUUAUUUUUUUUUUUUUCUUUUUUCGACUUGAUCUUCAUCUUUCCCGAAAGCCAACUGCUAGAGAGCUUAAAAAAAGAAGAGAAAAGAAAAGAAAAGAUACAGCAGCGAAAAAGUCGAGAUUAGGAGAAAACUUCAAUCCUAAGUUUUCUCGCCAACCAAAUAAAAGCUCUUCACUGCACCCAUUCUCUACCGCCCUGGCUUCGUUUUCUUCAUCAGGCUGUUUCAGGAAGAAGAAAAGCCAUGGACUCUACUGAUGAAUUACAGAGUAAAGAAAGAAGGUGCAACCUAAAAGAUCAAUCAGCAGGUGGACUGGAAUGUCUCCCUCAGGAAAUACUCCUUGACAUAUUCUCAAGGCUACCCAUAUCGUCUGUCUUGCAAUUGAAGUUUGUAUGUCGAGGCUGGCGAAACUUGGCACGAGACCCACAUUUCACUAAAAUGCAUAUCUCCCACAUGGCCAAGAGUAAUCCAUGCCUCAUCUUUUACUCCAAUCAGCCAAUUGAAAAGCAGCUUUAUUUUGUAGACUUGUAUGCUCGAAGGGAUAAGGAGGCCGUGGUGAAGAAAAUCUAUCCGCAGUUUUCAACUGUGAUGCCUAAGUUUGAAGUAAUAGGCUCAUGUAAUGGCUUGCUAUGCUUAUGUGACCCAGAAAAUACCCAUGCACUUUUUAUAUGCAAUCCUUUCACUCGGGACUACAAGGAGCUUCCCAAGGGGCCUGAACUCAAUAGAGACCACGAUGUGAUAUUCGGAUUUGGUUGCCAUCCAACAACAAAAGAGUACAAGGUGAUUAGGAUUAUUAAUUAUAGAAAUCGAUAUAGAGCACCCAGGUGUUGUCGAUUUGUUGGCAUGCAAACAGAGGUUCAAGUCCUUACUGUAGGCGACGUUACCUGGAGAAGCCUUGGAGAAUGUCCUUACCUGCUUCUUAAUUGGUCAUCGCCAGUCUUGGUCAAUGGAAGACUUCAUUGGGUAACUUGGCCAGUUAGGUAUGGCCCAAAACACAUGCUUGUCUCGUUUGACUUAGCAGAUGAGCAAUUUCGUGAGGUCCCUAGACCUGAAUGUGGUGCCUUAGACAUGUAUCGCUAUAAUUUGUUUUUACUCAGAGGUUGUCUUUCAGCAGCCGUUAUUCGAUAUUAUAGACAGGUAGAUAUUUGGGUAAUGAAGGAGUAUGAUGUGAAGGAGUCUUGGGUGAAGGAAAUAAGGAUUGGAACAUAUGUGCCAAGGGCAUUAGAAGAAAGUAUAGGUGAAAAAACUUUCGGAAUACAAAAACGUUUUUCGAAUGGGCCUUUCUUGAAAAUAUUGUGCCUUUUGGAAACUGGUGAAUAUUUGCUGGAGUAUGAAAACAGAACCCUGGUGUCUUAUGACCCGCGGAGAGAAGUAUUCAAUGAUCUGAAGUUUCAAGGGUUGCCGGAGUCUUAUGGGAUAGUUGUUCAUUUUGGUAGUCUUACUUCUGAGGUUUCCCUCUUUAAUGUCUAACUUCUGAUUCAGAUUCUUUUUCCCUGUAAGUUUACUUCAUGCAAGAAUGAAGCGUUUCUUUCGUUCUCAGUACUAUUUCUUCUUCCAUUGUUGAUGGUUGGUCUCCGAUUGAAACAAUCAAUUGUAAUAUCGUGAAUAUUGGAAAUCUUAAAUGACAUUGCAAAAUUUGAA